AUGAAACUAUUGGAACUCAUGAAACUAUUAAAACUCAUGAAACUAUUGGAACUCAGGACACUAUUGGAACACAGGACGACUAUUGGAACACAGGAAACUAUUGGAACUUUUGAAACUAUUGGAAAUCAUGAAACUAUUAUAGCACAGGAAACUAUUGGAACUCAUGAAACUAUUGGAACUCAUGAAACUAUUGGAACUCAUGAAACUAUUGGAACUCAUGAAACCAUUGGAACUCAUGAAACUAUUGGAACUCAGGAAACUAUUGUAACUCAGGAAACUAUUGGAACUCAUGAAACUAUUGGAACUCAUGAAACUAUUGGAACUCAUGAAACUAUUGGAACUCAUGAAACCAUUGGAACUCAUGGAACUAUUGGAACUCAGGAAACUAUUGUAACUCAGGAAACUAUUGGAACUCAGGAAACUAUUGGAACUCAGGAAACUAUUGGAACUCAGGAAACUAUUGGAACUCAUGAAACUAUUGGAACUCAUGACAAAAUUAAAACUCAUGAUACUAUUGGAACUCAUGAAACUAAUGGAACUCAUGACAAAAUUAAAACUCAUAAUACUAUAGGAACUCAAGAAACUCAUGAAUUUAUUGGAACUUGUGAAAAGAUGAUCCUUCUAGAUGCUGAACCUUAUUCUUAA